CUAAUUACACUAAUGGAUUUCUUUGCCACGCCAAUCGAAACUACCUUCUAAUUGCCUCAACUACGUGGAAUAGAAUUCGGAAAUGGCAGCAUUUCCUAAAACAGACUUCGCCAAUGCAGUUGGUGGCACGAUGGCCCUGAAAAAGCGUUAUGUAAAGCGUCUAGUGCGCAAAGUGAUAUUUCUCCUGCUCACCAUUGCCUUCAUCUCCUUGGUCACCACCAUGAUAGUGGAGAAACGAAUGCGACCUGCCGAAACCAGCGACGAGGAAGCGGAACUGGAUCCCAAUGGUGAUCCCAUAACACAAGGCUUUAGGGCUGCAAAAAUUGAGCCCACACGAAAAGCUCCGCGACCACCAUUCCAAGAUCGUAGUUUGUACAGAGAAGAGAUCGAAGAGGCAAAAGUUGUGGAUGAUAAACAAUUCAGGUUACCCACACCGGAAGGCGAGCGCAAGGAUUGGCAUGAUUAUGCUGCCAUGGAAGCUGAUAAAUUACGUACGGGCAUGGGAGAACAUGGUGAGCCUUCGCACAUUGAUGCCCAAGAGAAGGAACUGGAGGAUAAGAUUUACAGAAUGAAUGGUUUCAAUGGCUUACUAUCCGAUCGGAUAUCUAUAAAUCGUUCAGUGCCCGACGUUCGAAGAGAGGAAUGCAAGAGCCGCAAGUAUCUUGCCAAGUUGCCUCAGGCCAGUGUGAUCUUUAUAUUCUACAACGAGCAUUUUAACACCCUGCUGAGAAGUAUCUAUAGCGUUAUAAAUCGUACGCCGCCAGAACUACUAAAACAAAUCGUUCUCGUCGACGAUGGCAGUGAUUGGGAGGUACUGAAACAACAAUUGGAUGACUAUGUAUCCCUGCAUUUUCCCCAACUUGUGCAUGUGGUACGAAAUCCAGAGCGACGUGGACUAAUUGGAGCCCGGAUAGCCGGAGCCAAGGUGGCCACUGGUGAGGUGUUGGUCUUUUUUGAUUCUCACAUUGAAGUCAACUACAAUUGGCUUCCUCCAUUGCUUGAACCGAUUGCAAUUGAUUCCAAAAUAUCAACUUGCCCCAUAGUGGAUAGUAUUGAACAUAGCACCUUUGCCUAUUCCGGCGGACAUCAAGAGGGUUCACGCGGAGGCUUCGAUUGGCGUUUCUAUUAUAAGCAAUUGCCGGUUUUGCCUGAGGACUCUCUGGAUAAAUCUUUACCGUACCGCAAUCCAGUCAUGAUGGGCGGUCUCUUUGCAAUAAACACUAAAUUCUUCUGGGAUCUGGGUGGCUACGAUGACGAGCUAGAUAUCUGGGGUGGUGAACAGUAUGAGCUGAGCUUUAAGAUUUGGAUGUGCGGCGGCAUGCUACUAGAUGUUCCCUGUUCAAGAGUUGCUCACAUAUUCCGUGGUCCCAUGGAUGCACGACCAAAUCCUAGAAACUACAACUUUGUGGCCAGGAAUCACAAACGCGUAGCCGAGGUCUGGAUGGAUGAGUACAAGGAAUAUGUUUACACUCGAGAUCCGGAAAACUAUGAAAAAAUCGAUGCUGGUGAUCUAAGCCGACAACUGGCCAUUCGAGAGCGUUUACAAUGUAAAUCUUUUGAUUGGUAUAUGAAGGAGAUAGCCCCAGACUUUUUGAUCAAAUACCCACCAAUUGAACCACCAAAAUUCGCCUCAGGAGCCGUACAGAGUGUGGCUUACCCACUAUUCUGCCUGGACAGCCUGGGCCAGACCUCUAACAAUGCCGUGGGAUUAUACUCAUGUGCCGCCAAUCUCACUUUUCCCCAGGCGAAUCAGAAUUUCGGACUCACCUCCUUCCGAGAAAUGCGUCUUGGUGAGGAGGGCGAUUGCCUGGAUGUUCAGGAUAAUCAUCCGAAUGCCACCAUAUGGAUGUGGAAUUGCCAUAACCAAGGUGGCAAUCAAUUUUGGUAUUACGAUCGAAAUCAUCAAUGGAUAGUUCACGGCAAGAAUGGACAUCGGUGUAUGGAGGCCUUUGUAGACGACAGUGAACGCUCGGUAUACACGAACGACUGUCAAGAGAACAAUCCGCGGCAACGUUGGAAAUUUGCUAAUGUCAAUGACCAAAUGCUGGAUAAGUUCUACGAGGGACAGUAGUCCUUACGUCCAUCCAAUUUGAGGUGUUCGAAAUAAGAUUAUUUUAUAUAUACAUAGUUCAUUGAUCGAUGCGAAGGUUCUGAAAGUUCGUUAAAUAAAUUAUCUUUUCCAGUUCCACAUAUGCUUUAUUCAAGCAACGACAGAAAGUGAAAGAUGCUGUAUGCUAAAUAACCCUCCCCCACCCCCCACACACAUAUACAUAUAUGUAUGUUAUUCAUUGACUAA